UCUACUUUAUAUAUAUACAUAUAUCUAAUACACACACAUAAAUAAAUUUUGUAAAAUGUGCGACAUGGCCUGCGUUUAUGAUCCUGCAUGCUCGUUGGCUGAACCAAUUAAGGGUCGCUUGUUCACCAAGUUGUUGCUUUACUGUUGGCAACGGGAGUACGAUAAGCGUCCGUAUGUGAACUUUCAGUUUCGCCGCGUAGACUUUGAGGAGCGCCUGAAUCGUCGCUAUCACUGCAUACGUGAUUUUCGCAUCAUUGUGAACUUUUUGCUGCAGUGUUGCCAGCGGUCCGUUUCCAUUUGGAGCGUGGGGCUUAGCAAUUGGGAUCCGCGUCUACUGCAGGACUUUGUGCGCUCGCUGCAGCCCGUUUGGCAAAUUGAGCUAAAGCUCAUGCGUUUGCCAUAUGAGUUCUUUGUCAUGUUGCGCCUCAAAGCGCAGUGUAUGAAGGUUAAGGAACUGAGCCUGGAGGGCACUCCACUAACAUGCGACGAUGUAAGCAUGCUGCGUAACUUUUUGCUGGCCAGCAAAACGCUGCAUACGCUGAAUGUGUGCUGCUGUAGCUUGACCCAAUAUAACUUUGCCAUUGUGGCGGAUGGAGUGUAUAAUUCGACCAGUAUGCGCUGCUUUCAUGUGAGCCGACUGCUGGGCGCCGGCUUGACCUUGGAUACAGAGAAAAUGAUCUCAAUUGUGGGCUCGCUGCUGAUGCAAAGAAAACUGACGGAGCUCACGUUGGAGCUGUGUGAAUUUACUGCCCAGGACAUGGAGAUUAUAGCCGAAUAUCUGCAGAGUCCGCAAUGCUCGCUGCGCAAACUGCAUCUGGCCAACAAUCUGAUAGCAGCGGAUGGUGCUUUGUUUCUGAUGCGCAGUGCUGCACUGGGCGGCACGUUGAAACUGCUCGAUAUCAGUGGCAAUUGCAUUGGCUCGCAUGGCGGCGAGUGGGUGGCCAAGUACUUCAGCUCAUGCUAUUCGCUGCAGCAUUUGUAUCUGAAUAAUAAUGAGAUCGGUGCUGAGGCAGUCAGCUCUAUUUUGUUGAGCCUCAAGAAACCGUGUCGCCUGAAACGCUUGCAGCUGUACGGCAAUAAGUUUAAUGGACGCACGGCCAUGAUUCUGCAUCGACUGCUGGAUGCAAAGGUGCUGUUGCAUGAAGAGAUCGACAUUAGCUAUACGUACGAUGAAGCGCUGCAGGAGUAUCGUGUUGUGCCUUGGCGUUAGAAGUUGUUGUCUAAUGGGAUUGUUUGUUGCCCUUGUUAAAUAAAGAAAUCGGUAAAAUAAUUUCCAUUAACCGUUGUGACAUCCGCCUUAGACAUCUCCUGCGCCAUCUAGCGAAUGCUUUGCGCAACUUCAAAAC